AUGGAACAAAAAGCCCCCACCACUUUCCCACUGUGGGGAAAAAAGCCCCCACCACCGAGCACUGGGGAAAAAGCCCCACCACCGAGCACUGUGGAAAAAAAGCCCCCACCACCGAGCACUGUGGGGAAAAAGCCCUCACCACCAAGCACUGGGAAAAAAAAGCCCCCACCACCAAGCACUGGGAGCACUGUGGGGAAAAAAGCCCCACCACCGAGCACUGUGGGGAAAAAGCCCCCACCACCAAGCACUGGUGAAAAAAGCCCCCACCACCGACCCCCACCACCGAGUACUGUGGGGAAAAAAGCCCCCACCACCGAGCACUGUGGGGAAAAAAGCCCCCACCGCCGAGCACUGUGGGGAAAAAAGCCCCCACCGCCGAGCACUGGGGAAAAAAAGCCCCCACCACCGAGCACUGGGGAAAAAAAGCCCCCACCACCGAGCACUGUGGGGAAAAAAGCCCCCACCACCGAGCACUGUGGGGAAAAAGCCCCCACCACCGAGCACUGUGGGGAAAAAAGCCCCCACCACCAAGCACUGGUGAAAAAGCCCCCACCACGAGUACUAGGGAAAAAAGCCCCACCACCAAGCACUGAUGAAAAAAAGCCCCCACCACCGAGCACUGUGGGGAAAAAAGCCCCCACCACCGAGCACUGUGGAAAAAAGCCCCCACCACCGAGCACUGUGGGGAAAAAGCCCUCACCACCAAGCACUGGUGAAAAAAAGCCCCCACCACCGACCCCCACCACUGAGUACUGGGGAAAAAAAGCCCCCACCACCGAGUACUGGGGAAAAAAAUCCCCCACCACCGAGUACUCCCCCACCACCGAGUACUGUGGGAAAAAGCCCCACCACCGAGUACUGUGGGGAAAAAAAGCCCCCACCACCGAGUACUGGGGAAAAAAAGCCCCCACCACCGAGCACUGGGGAAAAAAAGUACCCCCACCACUGAGCACUGUGGGGAAAAAAAGCACCCCCACCACCGAGCACUGUGGGGAAAAGGCCCCCACCACCGAGCACUGUGGGGAAAAAGCCCCCACCACCGAGCACUGUGGGGAAAAAGCCCCACCACCAAGCACUGGUGAAAAAAAGCCCCCACCACCGAGUACUAGGGAAAAAAAGCCCCCACCACCAAGCACUGGUGAAAAAAGCCCCCACCACCGAGCACUGUGGGGAAAAAAGCCCCCACCACCGAGCACUGUGGGGAAAAAGCCCCCACCACCAAGCACUGCACUGGGGAAAAAAGCCCCCACCACCGAGCACUGGGAAAAAAAGUGCACUGGUGAAAAAAAGCCCCACCACCGAGUACUGGGAAAAAAGCCCCCACCACCAAGCACUGGUGAAAAAGCCCCCACCACCGAGUACUGGGAAAAAAAUCCCCCACCACCGAGUACUGUGGGGAAAAAAGCCCCCACCACCGAGUACUGUGGGGAAAAAAGCCCCCACCACCGAGUACUGUGGGGAAAAAAGCCCCCACCACCGAGUACUGUGGGGAAAAAAGCCCCCACCACCGAGCACUGUGGGGAAAAAAGCCCCACCACCGAGCACUGUGGAAAAAAGCCCCCACCACCGAGCACUGUGGGGAAAAAGCCCCCACCACCAAGCACUGGUGAAAAAAGCCCCCACCACCGAGUACUAGGGAAAAAAAGCCCCCACCACCAAGCACUGGUGAAAAAAAGCCCCCACCACCGAGCACUGUGGGGAAAAAAGCCCCCACCACCGAGCACUGUGGGGAAAAAGCCCCCACCACCAAGCACUGGUGAAAAAAAGCCCCCACCACCGAGUACUGGGGAAAAAAAGCCCCCACCACCAAGCACCGGUGAAAAAAAGCCCCCACCACCGAGUACUGGGGAAAAAAAGCCCCCACCACCGAGUACUGGGGAAAAAAAGCCCCCACCACCGAGUACUGUGGGGAAAAAAAGCCCCCACCACCGAGCACUGUGGGGAAAAAAGCCCCCACCACCGAGCACUGUGGGGAAAAAAGCCCCCACCACCGAGCACUGUGGGGAAAAAAGCCCCCACCACCGAGCACUGGGGAAAAAAGCCCCCACCACCGAGCACUGUGGGAAAAAGCCCCCACCACCGAGCACUGUGGGGAAAAAGCCCCACCACCGAGCACUGUGGGGAAAAGCCCCCACCACCAAGCACUGCAAAAAAGCCCCACCACCGAGCACUGUGGGGAAAAAGCCCCCACCACCAAGCACUGGUGAAAAAGCCCCCCACCACCGAGUACUGGGGAAUAAAAGCCCCCACCACCAAGCACUGGUGAAAAAAGCCCCCACCACUGAGUACUGGGGAAAAAGCCCCCACCACCGAGUACUGGGGAAAAAAUCCCCCCACCAAACUGUGGGGGAAAAAAGCCCCACCACCGAGACUGUGGGGAAAAAGCCCCACCACCGAGUACUGUGGGGAAAAAGCCCCCACCACUGUGGGGAAAAAGCCCCACCACCGAGUACUGUGGGGAAAAAAGCCCCACCACCGAGCACUGUGGGAAAAAAGCCCCACCGCCGAGCACUGUGGGGGAAAAAGCCCCCACCGCCGAGCACUGUGGGGAAAAAGCCCCCACCACCGAGCACUGUGGGAAAAAAGCCCCACCACCGAGUACUAGGGGAAAAAGCCCCCACCACCAAGCACUGGUGA